AUGCAUGGGAGAGGCAGGGGUCGCGGAGGAUCCAGAGUGCAACCAUCCAGCAACUGUUUUGUAGGCGGUCAACCAGGGCACCAAGCACCCCCACCUCAGCAAGCAGGACCAUCCUUCCAGGCCCCGUAUGCAGCAGUGACCCUCGCACAGGGACCUACAGAUGUUGGACAUUGUGCACACAUUGCACCAAUCACAUUUGAGAUAACUGAUCACACUCCUAUUUGGCAAACACAGUAUUCACACAAACCAGAGGCUGAAACUGGUAUUGCUGACACAAUCGAAGGAUUAUUAGCAGCGGGGGUGUUAGAGCCCUCCCAGUCACCCUGGAACACUCCAAUUUUGCCAAUAGAGAAACAAAAUACGGGCAAGUAUAGGAUGGCACAUGACCUUAGACGCAUUAACAUCAUUGUCUCCACCCCAACAGUCCCAGUUCCAAAUCCAUACACUGCUAUGUCUGUACUGACCCCGGACCACAAAUGGUUCUCCUGCAUAGAUCUGGCCAAUGCAUUUUUCUGUCUGCCAUUAGCAGAACACCUCAGAGAUAUUUUUUCCUUCUCAUACAAAGGUAGAAAACUUCGUUAUACAAGAGUUCCUCAGGGUUUCAUCUUAUCGCCAGGCAUUUUUAACCAAGUACUGAAACAACAAUUGGCUGACUUUACACUUCCAAAAGGGGUGGUGUCGAUCCAGUAUAUGGAUGACAUUCUCUUGGCUGCUCCUGACCAUGUGUUGUGUCUGGAGGCCACAAAAUCUUUACUCAUGCGACUAUACCACAUUGGUUUCAAAGUUUCAAGAGCUAAAUUGCAAUGCUGUCGGCAAACGGUUUCUUUCUUGGGUAGAGUCAUAUCCGUCACAGGUACAGGUGUGUCCCCGUCUCAUAGAUCCUCCAUCUUACAUCAUGUUAAACCUAGUACAGUAAAGGACAUGCUUUCAUUCCUGGGUUUGACAGGUUACAGUAGACACUUCAUUGCCUCUUAUGGGGAACUCACCUCCCCUUUAAGGGCAAUGGUUAACGGACAGGGAAUGAGGAAUUUGUCAGCCAAAUUACACUGGACGACAACAGCAGAGGAGAGUUUUAUCUCUCUUAAACAAUCCCUGACGUAUGCUGCUGAUCUGGCCGUUCCUGACUAUACAGAUCCAUUCUUCCUAGAUGUUUCUGAAAAAUUACACACAGUAAAUGGUGUUCUUUUUCAGAAAAAAGGGGGAUGUAGGCAGGUACUGAUGUAUAUAAGUGUUACUCUUGAUCCAACAGAGGACAGACACCCGCCAUGCACACGACAUGCAGCAGGGGUAGCAAAGAUUCUCCAAAAAGUAGCACACAUAGUCAUGGGAUACCCACUCACAGUGUUAACAACACAUAGUAUAGUGGCAUUUGUGAAUUCAACAGCCUUCACAAUGACAUCACUAAGACAGACCAGAUUAGAAAAAAUUCUAAACGCGCCACACAUCACGUUUACACAUGAAGGAAUCAACAUGGCUGAUAACAUGGGGGAGGGAGAGCCACAUAGGUGUGAGGAAAGGGUACAGAGAGAUAUCAGGGUCAGAGCAGACUUGCAAGCAAAACCAAUCACAGACCCAGAGGAAACUUUGUUCACAGAUGGGUGUUGCUACAGACACCCCACAGAAGGAUUAAAAGCAGCAUAUGCAGUAAUAAGGCAAACAGAAGACGGGUUUGAGGAAGUAUUGACAGGCACAGUGGAAGGGAAAGAAUCAGCUCAGCUAGCAGAAUUACAAGCAAUGGUAGCAGCGUUAGAAUGGGCAGAAGGGAAGAGAGUGAACAUUUAUACCGAUUCAGCAUAUGUGGUGGGAGCGAUACAGGUAGAAUUGAGUCAAUGGAUCAGAGCAGGAUUUUUUACUGCAGCCAAAACGCCCAUCAAACAUGAAAAAGACAUUAAAAGGUUAGCAGAGGCCUUAAUGAAACCUGCAGAAAUAGCAGUCAUUAAGUGUAGGGGUCAUGAUAAAGCAGAGACCACAGUAGCAAAAGGAAAUCAGGAAGCAGACUCAGCAGCUAAAAAAGCAGCAGGGUAUACGGCUCAAAACAUGAUGAUACAGACUGAGAAAACAGUGUAUGAUUUGUUACCGGCAUGCGAUUUAAACAUGUUAAUAAAAGAGCAGCAGAAAGCCUCCCUUCAGGAGCUAACAGUGUGGAAAGAAAGGGGGGCUAAGGAAUCCGAGGGGGUUUGGAGGUCACCGGACGGUCGACCAGUGUUGCCCCCCGGAUUGAUAGCGUCCACGCUCCACGAAGCACAUGGUCUUACACAUUGCGGAAAAACACAGAUGCAGAGACAUCUGACACAUUGGUGGCAUCCGUUUUUGCCAGCAAUGAUCGAGAAUCAUAUCAGAGAGUGUAAAACGUGUACAGAAUACAAUGUGAGAGCAACAGUGAAGCCGCAUGAAGGGAAAUUUCCUCUUCCACAAAUGCCAGGGCAAGAGAUAGUGAUUGACUAUACUGAUAUGAUUGAGAGAGUAAACGGGUACAGGUAUCUCCUGGUCGCAGUGGAUGCAUACACUGGUUGGCCAGAAGCUAUGCCUGCAAAGAAGGAAGACGCAAAAACAGUGAUCAAAUUUUUGAUAAAUCACUACAUUCCGACGUAUGGGUUUCCAAAAAGAAUCAGGUCGGAUAACGGCACACACUUUAAGAAUAAAGAUUUGCAGGAGGUAGAAGCAGCGCUAGGACUGAAACACGCGUUUGGAGCAGUAUACCAUCCGCAAUCACAGGGAAAGGUGGAAAGAAUGAAUCAGUCCAUUAAAGGUAAAAUAGGAAAAGUGUGUGCUCAAACUAAAUUAAGCUGGGUGGAUGCUCUGCCCUUAGCCUUAAUGUCCAUCAGAAGCUCAGUUAAUUCAAUUACAGGGUUCACCCCUUAUGAGCUAAGAACAGGUCAACAGUUUCCCGGACCUGGAGCAGGGGUACAGAUGGUAGAUAGAGAAAGGGUUCAUGUAAGGUAUAAGCCAUACUAUGAUCAACUAACAGCUUUGGUUUCAGCUUUCUCGAAACAGGUUGGAGCUGUAAAGGGGGACCCCGAGAGGCAGAGCCCGUCUACAACAGACUGGGUCCUACAGAAAGUCAUCAAGCGGAAGUGGACAGGACCAUUCAAGGUGGUGGAAAGGACAUCUCAUGCAGUCAGGCUGCAAGGAAAGGGAGACAGCUGGUAUCACUGGAGCCAAUUGAUUGUCACCGCAAUUGAAGGAAAGGUUCCUCCUCCUUACCAGAUGCCACAGUUGGAGAUGGAAGUGAUGGCGUUGGUGGCGGGGGAAGGAUAUCGAUUCCAGGAGAUUGUGUCUCAUUUGCGGGCGUCAGAGAGUCCCUAUCAAUAUGCGGAAGACACCCGGAACUUCCGGGAGAGUUUGGAUUGUCGCUACCUGAUGUGCGUCCACGGCCCCUACUGCAUAGCUGGUGGACAAAAGGAAAUCACACGAGUUGGAGAUGUCUCAGAGGAAGAUUCCUCCUCUACUGCAUCCUCAUCAGAGGACAAGAAAAAGAAAAGGAGGAAUAAGAAGGGGAAAGAGAGAAAGUCCAGGAAGUCAAAGAAAAUGGAACCAAAGACACGUAAAAGAGUGUUCGGCCAAAAGAGUCCCCGGGGGUACGAACACCAAUUUAAAGGUUCCGGGAGAGACCAAGUGUUAGGAUAG